AUGAUCCUCGACAUUCGGAGAUACGGAAAAGAUCUCAUCAGCUCUGUUGCGGGUGUAGUAGGAGAUGCUCACUGGGCAGCCGAUUCGUCGGGCCGAAUGGAAAUCAGCCUCGGGCCUAACGGUCCGAAGGUGAAUGUGGGCGCUGGAGAGUUCGACAGAGGCAUCGGUCUACUGGACCAGGUUCAGCGGGGAGGCAUGAUGUCGUUUGCCGUGGAAUUAGAGCGCCCUUUUGGAGGGGAUCCCGCCUUUUCCCGACGGCGAAUGGACCAGACUGUCAAGGGUUCCGAGAAUCACGGGCGUGAUGAGACAAUAGCCGAGAUCUGUCCAGGGCAGUUGCCGCGAAUUACUCCUGAGAAGAGCAAGUCGGAACAGAAGGGCCGGGAAGAUUUGCCUUGCUGGGAUGGAAAGGAGGAAGCGGAGGAGGGGACGGAUGGUAAUCAUGGCUGGAUUAAGUAUUGA